CGCGUCACGUGAAAUACGGGAUAGUCAAACGAAUACGAGUGACAUUUGUGAUGUAAAUAUUAAGCAACCUGUGAAUUGUGUGCACUAUUAUCUUAUGUUUGUGGGUUCGGAACAAAACGUGGUGACUGGAAGGCGGAGCAGCGACCCGGUGUCAAAGUGUUUCUGGUUCCGUCGAUGACAGGAGGACACCGCCCAUUUCUACAGCUAGCUAGCCAACCUCAGUCUCUUUCUGCUGGGUUCUAGGAGGACUGACGGUUAGAGAAAAGGUUCUUCAAGGUCUCCCUCGGACAGCCAUGGCGUCCUUUGAAGCACCGCAACCCAAGGCCACAGACUGCGUCACCAAGGUGGCGCUCAGCAUCGCCUGCGAUAAUCUGCUGGACAUGGACGCCUUCUCCAAGUCCGACCCCAUGUGUGUGGUCCAGUUGAACUCCUCGGGUCUUCACUGGUACGAGAUUGGGCGAACGGAGAAAAUCCAGAACUGCCUGAAUCCCAAGUUUUCCAAGAGCAUCGUCCUCGACUACUACUUUGAGGCGGUGCAGAAACUGAGGUUUGAGGUGUACGACAUCGACAGCGAAAACUGCACUCCAGAAGAAGCGGACUUCCUGGGACAGUUCGAGUGCACCUUGGGACAGAUUGUGUCCUCGAAAAAACUAACAAAACCUCUUGUGAAGAGAGACAAGACGCCAGCAGGGAAAGGAACGAUAACCAUUUGUGCAGAGGAGAGAAACGACAACAGGGUGGUGGCGUUGGAAGUUGCUGCCAGGUCACUGGACAAAAAGGACUUUUUUGGCAAGUCCGACCCUUUCCUAGAGUUUUACAAGCAGACAGAAACUGGAUGGCAGCUGGCCCACAGGACAGAGGUGGUCAAAUACAACCUAAACCCCAUAUGGAAGCCAUUCAGAAUCCCGAUUCAGUCCCUCUGUGACGGUGACGUGGAAAAAUCUAUAAAGAUCGACUGCUACGACUACAACAACAGCGGCUCGCAUGAUUUCAUCGGCUCCUUCCUCACGUCACUCUGUCAGAUACAGCAGGCGUGUCAGUCAUACGCUGCGGAGUUUGAAUGCAUCAACAGCAAGAAGAAGCAGAAGAAGAAAGGAUACAAAAACUCUGGAAUUAUCAUCAUAAAACAAUGCAAGAUAGUGAAGGAGUACACAUUUCUGGAUUACAUAAUGGGUGGCUGUCAGAUUAACUUCACAAUUGCUAUCGAUUUCACGGGCUCCAAUGGGGAUCCCGGUUUACCCUCAUCUUUACACUACAUUAACCCUCAAGGCUACAACGAGUAUCUGGCAGCGAUCUGGGCAGUCGGUAACGUCAUCCAGGAUUAUGACAGUGACAAGAUGUUCCCCGCCUUUGGUUUUGGCGCUAAGCUUCCUCCAACAUGGCAGGUCAGCCAUGAGUUCCCCAUCAACUUCAACCCCUCAAAUCCAUUCUGUGCAGGCAUAGAGGGAGUGAUCUUUGCCUAUCAGCAGUGUCUGCCUCAGGUGAAGCUCUACGGUCCAACAAACUUCGCUCCAAUCAUCAAUCACGUGGCCCAUUUUGGCAGAGAGGCCUUACAGCAGCAAACGGCCUCUCAAUACUUCGUCCUGCUGAUCAUCACCGACGGAGUCAUCACCGACAUGGAUCAGACGCGCAACGCCAUCGUCAACGCCUCACGGCUGCCCAUGUCCAUCAUCAUUGUCGGCGUGGGAGCGGCGGACUUCAGCGCCAUGGAGUUCCUGGAUGGAGACAACGGAGUCCUGCACUCGGCCACAGGCGAGGCCGCCAUGAGGGACAUCGUACAGUUCGUGCCGUUCAGGCAGUUCCAAAACGCAGGCACUGCAGCACUCGCACAAAGCGUACUGGCAGAAUUGCCUGACCAAGUGGCCUCCUUCUUCAAUUUAUUUGACCUGAAGCCCCCCAGCGAUCCCUGUCCUUCCUAGACAUGGUCCUCAGGAGGCUCUUGCUCAGAGCGUCCUGGCAGAAGUGCCGGGCCAGGUGGCGGGCUUCUUCAACACCAUGAAACUGAGCCCGCCUCACAGCAACGAUCCUCCCUCUGACCACCUGGCAUCGGCGCCCCCCAGUGAUGCAUGCUAAGAAACAAACUUCCUCCUAAAAAAAGUCCCCUUCAACUCUGUAGCCUCUUUGUUAAGGCGCGUCAGUGUUUUGAACCUAGCCUAGCAUGGCUUAUGCCGAGGAAUGGACAUGUUGCGGUAUAUUAAUAAUUUUCAGCUGUUUUAUAUAAUACUCACAUUUACCAGGUUUAGCCUCGUUAAACGAGACAUUUUAUGAUAUUUGCUGACACUCCAGCACUGUUCUGUAACCUGCAUCUACAGCCCACCUCUGUACUGCCUGUGUCAGAGUUGAGGUGCAUCUUUCUUCCGCUUUGUCUCCUUUGCUAUGGUUACACAGUCUGUUAAAUCAAAUUAGCCCUUCAAAUUAGCCCUUCAGAAACCAUAAAAGAUGGUUUUGCUGUAUGAGGAAGCAAACAGCAUCUCGUCUCACUGCAGAGUAGCACACACAGUAAACUGAAGGUUACUACAGAGACACUAUCACAGAAAUAGAUUUUAUUUUCUCAUAAGAUGUGUUAAAUUAUUUUAGUUUAACUAAAAAAAAAAAAGAAAAAAAAAAGAAAACUCCAAUUAAAUUGGGUUAAAAAUACUUGUUUAAACUUUCGUUAAUAACUACAACAUUAGGUUUGUAACCCUCGUGUUUCUUGCACUGUAAUUUUUAAAAGGGAAAACAUUGAGAACUAUUGCUUCUACAAGAAAAGUGUUUAUUUAGCAAGUACUGACAUAGUAGCAGUCGUGGUUUUUGAUGCGAGUCAUAUGGCUCACCACCCAGGGUGGCAUGACCUACAUUUAAAAAAGGUUACCAGUUUUAGAUGAUUCGAUUGAUUGAUAGAUGAAAUGUUUUGAAUAAAUUCAUGUUUUUUUUUUUUUUUUUCCAAGAAUGAGGCA